CCGGAGGCAGAGAGCGGGAACCUCCUCCCUAGCGAGCCUGGCGGCCGCGGCGCUCCCGCCCCUCCUGGCCAGCCCUCGCCGGCGGCUCCACGCUGCCCACCCCGCUUUUAAGAAGGGGGGAGGGGAGGGGGUCGCGUCAGGAUGAAGGAGCCGCUGCUCGGGAGCAUGGCCAUGCCGGGCAAGUCCCUGCAGAAGGCUUGCCGGCUGCUCGUGGUCUUCUGCGCCCUGCACCUCCUCGUCACGCUCUUCUACUACUUGUCGGGCCGGGAUUUCGACGUCCUGCAGCUCUUCUCCAAGCACCAGCAGAGCCAGGAGGGGCGCCCCUCGGUGUCAGUGCUCGUGACCGAGGUCGCCAGAGAGGCGCUGGCAGCCUCGGCGACGGGGUUAGAGAAGCCGGCGGGAGACCAGGCGCGGCAGCCCGAGGAGGCCACGGAGACCACGGAGACCGGGCCGCCCGUCCAAGUCCAGCCGCUGCCCAGCUGCCCGGACCCCUCGCCGCUGCUGGUUGGUCCAUUAAAUGUGGAAUUUGUGCGCCCCGUGAAUCUGGAAAGCAUACAGAAGGAAAACCCUAAAUUGAGGAAAGGAGGCCGAUUUUCCCCAGAGGACUGUACAGCGCUUCAAAAAGUGGCUGUUAUUAUCCCCUUCAGGAACCGGGAGGAACAUCUACGUUAUUGGCUCUAUUACCUCCAUCCCUUCCUUCAGCGUCAGCAACUAGAUUAUGGGAUAUAUGUCAUAAAUCAGGAUGGUGAAGAAACAUUCAAUCGAGCUAAACUUCUGAAUAUAGGCUUUCAAGAAGCCUUGAAAGACUAUGAUUAUGACUGCUUUGUAUUUAGUGAUGUAGAUUUGAUACCUAUGGAUGACCGGAAUACCUAUAAGUGUUUCGAACAGCCCCGGCACCUCUCUGUAUCAAUGGAUAAAUUUGGAUUUAGCUUACCUUAUAACCAGUAUUUUGGAGGUGUCUCUGCUUUAAGUAAAGAACAAUUCCUCAAAAUAAAUGGAUUUCCUAAUAACUACUGGGGUUGGGGAGGCGAAGAUGAUGAUAUUUAUAAUAGAUUAGUUUAUAAAGGCAUGUCUAUAUCACGCCCAAAUGCUCUCAUUGGAAAAUGUCGGAUGAUCCGCCAUUCAAGAGACCAAAAAAAUGAACCUAAUCCACAAAGAUUUGACAGAAUUGCACACACUAGGCAGACCAUGAACUCUGAUGGUUUGAAUUCACUUCAGUACCAACGUUUGGAAAUUCAGAAAUACCCUCUGUAUACUAAAAUCACAGUGGAUAUUGGGUCACCAAGUUAGCAUCUCAGUGAGCUCAAUAAAAGACCUGAAAA